GUCGGUGUCGUGGUGGCAGUCAGGGGUCUUGGGAAAGAGAGAUAUAAAGAUCGGGAAUCCACUGGGCGAAAUGAGGUCCUACGACGGCGAGAGUAGCUCGACAGAGGACGAUGACAGGCGAGAGGGUCUUCCGGAAGCGCAUCUGCAACAGGGCUCCUGGCAACGGUCGACAUCGCAUCCCACAUGGGCUUGGGAGCAUCGUAGCACCCAUCCUUUACCGCCACAGUCCACGGCGUCACUGGAGUCCAUGUAUUCGGUGCCAGGAGCGUCACAUCCAAGCGUUUCCGCCCCUCCAGCUGGCUACUCGUCGGAACACCCUCAGAGCGCACCUGGAAGGAGGACUCCCCUGGGCGCAGUCGGUCUAGGAGGCUUUUAUUUCCAGCAGCAACCGCAACCCCAUGCUUCUUCGAGCGCAUUGUCCGAUGAGAACCGACCCGACCACGAAAGACCCGGUGCAUCGAGAUUGAACUGCCCGCCGAAAUCGAAGACCACCAGACAGGGUAAAAGCAUGCGUCUGAACAUAAACGCGAGGGAACGGAAAAGGAUGCACGAUCUGAACGACGCCCUCGACGAACUUCGAUCCGUCAUCCCGUACGCCCACAGUCCGUCCGUGAGAAAGUUGUCCAAGAUUGCCACUCUCCUCCUGGCGAAGAAUUACAUUCUCAUGCAAGGAAACGCUUUGGAGGAGCUGAGGAGAGUGAUAGCGGUGCUGCAAUCGCCCCAUGCUCACACCACCGCCCUGCCACCCACGCCUGUCUCCUACGACCUCUUGCACGGAUUCCCAGGCAAGCUGUUCCAAGGUGUCCAGGACAUGCCUGGUAUACCUUCGAGCGAUCCUCAGAGCGUCACCGCCGGUGGACCACCGACCGACGGGGCUGUGACCAGCGGUGAAUCAAAUUAA